AUGACUGCAACAAGUUUAUUAGUGGGAAGACCAUGGCAGUAUGAUAUUCGUGUUGUUCAUAACUGCUAUGAGAAUACUUAUACCUUUGUUCAUGAAGGGUUUACUAAAGUUCUAUGGCCUUUACAAUCUUCUAAUUCAGUCAAGGAACCAUCAGAUAAGAAGACAAAUGCACUAGUUGCUACCAUUGUUCAUUCUUUACAACCAAAUCAUUCUUUGAGUUCUCAUGAAGCUGAUAAACCAAUGGUGGAAAUUCCAGAAAAGGUACAACCUUUAUUAUCUUCUUUCAAUGACUUAUUUCCUACUAAAUUACCUAAUGUUUUGCCUCCAUUAAGAGAUCUACAACAUCAGAUAGACUUUAUACCUGGAACUUUUAUUCCUAAUCAACCUCAUUAUAAGUUAAGUCCUACAGAACAUGAGAUUUUACAAGGUCAAGUUGAUGAUUUGUUACAAAAAGGUUUGGUAAUGUAG